CCGCGGGACAGGCUUUGGGGCAGGGCCGAGCGCAGGUUUUGGCCGGUCGCAGGACACCUGAUUAAUAUCUGGGGACCGCUGCCUCCUUCGGCCACCUUAUAGACUGUCGAGUGCACGUGGGAUUAGAGACGCUAGGUGUCCGUGACCAUGGCCAUGAACCUUCUGGAGGACUGGUGCCGGGGAAUGGAAGUGGACAUCCAUAGGUCCCUGUUGGUCACGGGCAUCCCCGAGGACUGUGGUCAAGCGGAAAUUGAGGAGACUUUGAAUAGGGUCCUCUCCCCGCUGGGCCCAUACUUUGUGCUCAAUAAGAUUUUCCUGCGGGAAGAGAAUGCCAAAGCUGCCCUGAUUGAGGUGGGAGAGGGUGUGAAUCUCAGGGCCAUCCCGCGGGAGUUCCCAGGAAGGGGGGGCGUCUGGAGAGUGAUUUGUAGAGACCCCACCCAGGAUGCUGAGUUUUUAAAAAAUCUGAAUGAAUUUCUGGAUUCCGAGGGGCGCACCUGGGAGGAUGUGGUCCGCCUGCUCCAGCUUGGCCAGCCCUCACGGCCCCAGAAUCGGCCUCCACAGAACUGGGCAGACACUUUGGGGGUGCUCUUGGGGGCAGUGGUGCAGAUCGUCUUCUACAUGGAUGCUGAGAUCCGCAGCCGCGAAGAAGCCGGGUUUCAAGAAGGGGCUGAUGACCAGGUAGCUUCAGCCUCAGCGGCGCGGAGGAAGGUGAAGAAGCCAGGGUGGGCUGCCGAAAUAGGUUCCGCUUUGAAGAUGGAGAAUCUUGGCAGCUGCAACGACCCAGUAGACGAAGGUGACCCUCUGAAACCUCUGGUUCGUAGGGCUGGAGCUAAAAGUCGCUCCAGGAAGAAGAAGCAGAAAAAAAGACCCAAGCAGGAAUCCGUGCUCUGGAGGAAGCCCAGAGGCCGCCGUUUCAACAGCUCGGCCUCCUUGGAGGAUCCUGAGGCUGCUGGGGCUGAAAACAUGGAGGUCUCCGAUUCCAUCAGGAGCAAAAGGAAGCUACGUGUGAAGCAGGAGGAGUCGGCCUUGAAGAAGCCCAUGGCAAAAUGUGCCUGGAGGGCUCCCAGCAGCUCAUCCCAUGACGCGCCGUCAGAAGCCGUGAGCCCUGGGGUUGCUUCGCAGUCAGACCAAGGUGGCGGUCGGGAGGGCCCCCCAGAGAAGAAGGCCAUGGGCGGGGCCUUGGCAAAGAGCCCUGCGCCUGUGAGAAAGAAGAAGAAGGUGAGCUUGGGCCCCGUUUCAUACGUCCUUGUCGAGUCAGAAGAUGCCAAGAAGAAGCCAGCGAUGGGGAAGAAAGGGCCGGGCUCAAGACGAGAUGGGUCACUUCAGAAGGCCCCACGAGGCCCCCAGCCGGUGGGGUUGCUGGCCUCCACGUCUCGGGGCCCAAAGGCCAAGCCAGAAGGUUCUCUUCAGGCCUCCGGUGGUCAGAAUGGCAACAGAAGUCACUUGGGUUGUGCCGGCGAAUGGCUGAGUGGAGAAUCCGAGCAGGAGCGACAGGUGCUCAGGGCUGUCGCAGGUCAGGUGGAGCGUGAGCAGGAUGCCAGCGCGGUGGAGGGGGCGGGUGGCCCACCAGCUGAGUUUUUAGAGGGUGGAAGCCCUGACCUUCCUCCUAGAAGCCCCUGA